AUCUUGUAUUUGUUCUGUACUGCACACACAGCAAUCACACACACAAUUGUGAUUUAUAAUCUCACAUUUACACGCUCAAAGAGGGGGAUCUACUAUCUCCUCUCGAUCAGUCUCAGAUUGAAGAGGUUGGGUGAAAGUCCAGUUUUUCUCAUCCAUGUCUCCAUAUUCCUCUCUUUAUUUGACCAUGAAUGAGCACACACAUAAUCAUCAGCCUAUGAUGGAUGUUGCAUCCUUUGGACUUUGUGCAUGCAUGAGGUCGUGUCUGAUCGAAUUGGAUUAGGAUGUCUUCUUUGGUGAUGUAGACAAGAGGUUUGCAUGAGAUUUUCCAGUAUUCUCCAAACUAUGAGUGAGAUUCAAGGCUCUGACUACCUUCUCAGAGCAGAUGAGAAGUCAUCAUGGAGUCGACCGGACUCAUCAGCCUCUGGACAGUACACCUACACCAUUCCCAGCCCCACAGAGAUACACAUCGUUACCAGACCAGAGCCUCUCAUGCUGAAGAAUGACGAAAGGCAGAGACUCGCCCGUGAACGGAGGGAGGAGCUGGAGAAGCAGAAUGCUGUACGAGGUUCCAAGUGGUUGGAGAGAGAGGAAAGAGCCCGACAGUUUCAUGAGAGACAGCUGGAGGAGCGCAGGAAAAAGCUGGAGGAGCAGCGAGUGAAGGAGGAGAGGAGACGCGUUGCUGUGGAGGAGAAACGACGGCAGAAACUAGAGGAGGAGAAGGUCCGGUAUGAGGCUGUUAUCAGGAGGACCAUGGAGAGGAGUCAGAGAGCCAGGCCCAAGUCAAACCGCUGGAGCUGGGGUGGAACGCUCUCCGCCAGCACCUCACACAACAACGGUUUUGAUGAUUCUGCUCUCUUUUCAUUGGAUCUAGCUGGGCUGGAGCACUAUCAUGGUGUUUACAGCUUGGCGCGUCAGCAGCAGUUUCGAUCGAAAUAUACUGACAGAAGGUCAGCCUCCACUAUGAAUCUGUCCAAACCCACAGAUCCAGUCAUUUCUAAACGCCUGUCAUCUUCCUCAGCCACCUUGCUGAAUUCACCAGAUAGAGCCUUACAGAAGCAGACAUCUCUCUCGUCGUCUUGCUUGAUUAAAAAAACACAAUCUAAAUCCCAAAUCUCCAAAGAGAAGAUACCUCAGGACAAACCAGCAGGUAUGCGUCGCAUGCCUCUUACUGCAUGGGAGAAUACAGUGAUCAGUCGACUACAGACACCAACACACUCCUACCUGGCCAGGAGUCGCAGCGCCAUGUCUCUGUCUGGAGAAGCAGUGACCCCCGUUUGUCCUCGCUCAGCCUCCUGUCAUCCAAUGAGCUCCAUGUCCUUCAAGUCCAUCCAGUCACGCAGUGCUGAACGACCAAUCAAAGCAGGCCUUAAUCUUGAGAGACCAAUCAGAGCAGGGUUCAUCCCUCUGGACAGCAGCGCUCGCAGAAAGACCACCCAGAAUCUGCCGAUUGACAGGAAGGAUAAGGACAAUGUGAGAAAGUCAUGGAGUAACCUGGCAUAUCCCACUACCAAUCUGAGCCUGUUCACACCCAAGAGAUCUCCUUCACCUGUCGGUCAUCGCAGCAGGGUCACCAAUCCAUCCCCCAACAGGGGCUCUACUACUAAACCCCCUCAGAAGACACCUAACCCCAAAAAGUCCAGGUCUCCACCUCCUCCAGCAUCAAUUCGUCUGUCUCCUAGUAACCCGUCCUUAUCACCAGGCAAUCUCAGGCCUAACAGAGUGACAUCAGAGAGUCCGAGAGCAACUCCAGAAGGAGAGGGGGCCAAAAAAGAGGAUGUAGAACCUCCCAAAAUUGAACCAGAGUCUCCUGCAACUAAACCGGAGCCUUCUGCUGAAGGUUCUGGAAGUCCUCCAACAACACGGCCCUCUGCAGGCACAACCGAUCCUGAGGAGGCAUCACGUCUGCUGGCUGAGAAACGACGGCAAGCCAGAGAACAAAGAGAAAGAGAAGAGGAGGAGAAGAGACAGCAGGAAGAGGCUGAAAGGCGCAGCAGGGAGGAGAUGGCCCGCAGGAAGGCAGAGGAGCGGGCGAAGAGAGAGGAGGAGGCACAGCGGCAGGCAGAAGAGAAGAAGAGACGAGAGGAGGAGGCAAAGCGUUUAGAAGAGGAAAAAGCACAGAGGGAGAGAGAGGAAGCUGAACGCCUGCAGAAACAGAAAGAGGAAGAGGAGGCUCGCCAGAGAGAAGAGGCAGAGCGUUUGCGUCUGGAGAGAGAGAAACACUUCCAGAAAGAGGAGGCUGAGAGAAUGGAGAGGAAGAAGCGCCUUGAGGAAAUUAUGAAACGCACACGCCGAUCUGAUCAGAAAACGACCCCACAGAGAAAUGGUGAUGUCAGCCAGCAGAGCGGACAUAAUUCAGCGAGUUCAAUAUCCAGCAUCCCUUCAGUAACUGUGUCGGCCCCUCAGGCUCCGGAGACCUCUGAGACAGUAUGCAGUGACAGUAACGGACACACGGGGCCCAGCUUCAUUACACCCAUACUGCCCACAUCAGGUCACAGUGUGGCUGCCCAGCUCAGAGAAAACGGCACUGUCACAGAGGCUUUCGAGGAGGUCAUAGAGGUUCCCGUGGGGACCAAACUGUCCCGUCAAGAUGGAGAUGGAGAGGAGGUGGAAAAUGAAGAAGAGGAGAAGAAAAAGGUUCCCUUAUUGGCUUUCAGAGAGAACGGCAGCAUGCAUAAUGUGAGUGGACUGGAGGAAAACCCGGCAUAGUGAAGUUCAGGUCAGUCAGUCCGGACACAACGUGGAUUUGGGGUGACAUGCGAUGGCCCCUUUACCUUAUUUAGCUGUAUAGAUGUAUGAACAUUUAUAAUGGUGGAAAUGCAACAUGCAACACAGGAAUGAAAGAAAACCGAGUCGGAGGGAGACCCCCUCAAUGCACUUUCCUUCAUUUGACACUUAGACACCUAAAAUGGCAAAGAGAAAUUACGAAAUUAAGAUCUCUUGGCUUCUACUUCCUGUAAUCAGCUCCUGUCUCCUCAAACUGAAGUGGUGCGCCUUAGGAACCACAUCUUCUGUCUUUCUUCUAAUACUUGAAGAAAAGUGUCGUUGCUGUCGUGGAAGCUCCUGUGAAGUGCUAACCAUAAGGAAUGUGUGACAAGAGAAUGAUGUUUGUUUUGUUUGUGAGUGGCUGAACUCCCUGCUUAGUUUUAUAAUUAUUGUUCAAAUGAAGAGAACAUAUUUUCUUCCCUCUUUGCAAAGCUUGAACAGAUUUUUGCCACUUGAAUUAUGAUUUUUGAUAUGGUUUGCAAAGACCUCAUCUCACUCCACCCCAAUGUACGGCUCUCUCUACGCAGUCUGAGCGAAGCAAAACUGUCAUCCUAAAUUUUAAUUUUAAUUUUCUGAUAUGACUGGGUGAAUCGGACUUGCUCAGGAACAUAUCCAUGAUAUGUUUAACUCAAAAUUAAAUGGAAAAAAAUAUUAGCGUUUAAAUUAAGCACACCCUUUCAUUUCUUAUUACAGUAAUUAUGGGAAAAAUUAUUAUAUAUUAUGUAAAGUGUGAAGUAUGUACAUUGUGUAAACAGUUGUUCUACUGCCUAUAAUUAAUGCUGAUUCAAAUAAAACAUUUUAUUACCUUUUUUCCAUUAGAUUUUGGGAUGAAAUGUGACCUGGAUGUGUUUUUGUGAGAUUCACCCUGCUGUUGUUUUUCAGUAGCAUUAAUCACACACAUCCGAAAGCAACUUGUACUAUAGAAACUUAUGCUGUUAUAUUCAUUAUAUGAAAUAUAACGUCUAUUUCAUCGGUAGAACCCAUACAAGCUAAUAGUUAAAAAUCCUUCAAAAGUAAUCAAAACGAAGUAAAAAACGAGCAGAAUCUCUUUAAAUUGCAAUGCUGCUACCUAUGUCUUUCCUUUGCCUUAUCAGAUGACGUGAAGUUUUGAGGAUUUGUUUAUAGAGCUGUUGUUAAAGGGCUGAUUUGUUUUUUUGUUUUUGAAAAAUCCUGUUCAUCCAUAAGCUCGUAACACAUGCUGUCGGCCCUGUGAGUCCUGCUGCAUCAUAUAGCCCUUUCAGACACCACCAUCAAUAGUUAAUAGGGCUAAUGGAAAACCAAGUAUCCUAUAUAGGACAUAUUAUAAAGCGAUUUAUAAGACUAUCUCAGUUUGUUUUUGUUGAAGUCAGUAUCAGUGGAUGGUCAGUGGACACCAUGCAAAAAAAGAAGCAGGGAUCAAUUACAUACCUUGAAACCAAGAAAUUGUAAACCUUGAUAUGCAAACGCUAAAAUAGUAUGCAUAAAUGUUGCACAAAAUCUGUUUGUAAGAGGGUGGGUGAAGGUUUAAAACAAGCACAACUUGUU